AUGUCGGUUGCGUGGGUGUUCCAAAAUGGUGAGGUUUGGCCGGGGAAGAACCUGGGGGCAGAGUCCAAAACAGGCCCGAGCAACUCGGGCCAGAAGAAGGUGCUGGUGUACUUGCCAACAGAUAACCUCGUACGAGUUUCAAGAGAGAUCAAAUAUGAUGUCGGCCUCAUCGUCCUUCCUUGCGAUUUCUCCCGCUUCAAGUCUACGCACAUGUAUGACAUUGUUGUCAAGAACCGCAAUGUCUUUGAGGUCCACAGCAAGUAA